AUGACCACAGGAUACAUACAAGGUCUGGAGAGCGCCACAGACGGGUACAUUCUUGUGAGACGCCAGUGGAAAGGAGUUCCCAAUCACGUUUUCCAUGUCCGCGGUUGCUUUGGGAAAGCGGUGGAGCGAUGAGCAUGUGUAAGACCUUACGCUACGCGGAUUGCAGGUCGCCGUCGUUUCCGGCUUCGUGAAGGACUGUCGGGCCGUACAACGAUCUUGCCUUGGCCUGUGCAACGCGUGUCGAGAAGGGGUUCCAGUGGAACGCAUGCUUGUCGGCGAAGGGAUACCGCAGACACGCCUGGCGAUGGUCCUCCCAAAUGCGGUUCAAGCACAGGAGGAGGCCGAAAUUCCACGGACGCGAGUCCUGCAACCUCGCAGGGUACUCAGGUUGGAAUGGACUUUCACUCAUCGUGCAGCGCGGGUCAAGGCUGUCGACAAGGCUCCUGACUCUUCGGUGGAUGAUCCACGCGUGGGCAACGUGGACUUGAGGGAUGUGCAAUGGCCCGAAGGCGCCAAAGAAGUUGCCCUAAUCGUAUUCGACAAGGCGGUUGAAGGGGUGACGUGGCCGGUGGGUCUGGAGCGCUUAUCAUUCUAUGCCCUCCGAUCUGGGGGGCAGUCUAAUUGCGUGCAAGAUAUUGGCUCUUUCAAUCGUUCGCUUGUUGCGGCGAAUUUUCCUUCGGGCCUGCGAGAG